AUGUCGACUUACACCUUCUACGACGCCUCGAUUCCCAUUAUCCGCGAAGCCGUGGAGAGUCUCGAGGCUAUCCUCAAAAAGGGCGAGCAAGCUCCCAAUGCUGCCAGCUUCCCCGAGGCCCGCAUCUACGAGGACAUGCUUCCUCUCUCCUUCCAGGUACACUUUUCCACCGACCUCGCUCUCAAGUUCAUCGCCCGUGCCAGCGGCACCGAGCCCCUCUCCACAGAGAACAACUUCAAGACGUUUGCCGACUUCUACAAGCGCAUCGACCAGACCAAAGAGGCUCUCGCCAACGCCGACAAGGACCUCAUCAACAAACGAGUGGACGAGACCAUCACGAUUGGCCUCGGCCCCAAAAAUGGCUCGCUGCUCGUCCGCAACUACCUGAGCGGCUAUGUGUUGCCCAACAUCUUCUUCCACAUCACCACUGCCUACAACAUCAUGCGCAAGGAAGGUGUUCCUCUAGGCAAGAUGGAUUUUAUUACUCCUUUCCUGACCAAGCACCUAACCAUGGUCUAA